CCCUUGGAAGUUGAAGGCACUGUUGUUCUAGCUCCUAUCCUGCUCCAUCCGUACACCCCGCCCCACCCCACCAACGCACAGCCCCCUCAGCUAACUGCGUCAGCAUCGUCUAGGUUUAGGGCAGAGUUCAGAGCAGAGAUUUCCAGGAGCCUCCACACCAGGUUACUUAUCGUUAAUAGGUUAUCCUGAUUCUGUCUGUCAGAGUAUAAGUCGCAAACGUCGGUUAUUACCCGCGACGUUUUUUACCUGGGCGUCGCUCUCAAGCCGGCAUAGUUUCGAAUUAAGAAUCAUUUGACGGGAUGCAAUUGGGCAUCAGGCCGCGCCCAGCAGGGCUAGGAGCGAUUGACACGUGGUAGUGGGGAUGAUGCCAGAAAGCCGCUGGACGAACUCCCAAGGUCGCGGGUUCGAUUCUCAGCAACCCUAGAUGUCUCAGGUUCGAGGUCAGGCUGGGCACGCCCUGAAAGGCGAAGCUCCGUACGCUAACGGCGUAAGUGACCUUCAUCAGCAGCAGCAGUCAAGGCAAUACGCGAAUCAGCCUAUAACGAAUCAACAGCGACUGUAUGCGGGGCAGCAGCAGCAGCAGCCCAAUCAGCAACAUCGCGUAAGGGGGGGCUCCGCCGCUCCCCCCCAACCGGGAGCCCACGCUGUAGCGCAGCAGGGUUACAACCAUGCAUCCUACGGUUACAACGACGCGUACGCCGCUGAAGGGGACGAGUACGCGUACGAGGAUGAGGCAGGCGGGAGCGGGGUCCAAGCGCGACCAGCACCAGCAUCGGCGCAAGGGCUUGCGCCAACCGGCGGAAUGGGGGGAACGGCGGGAAGGGGGGGAUCGGGGGGGAGGGGGGAAUCGGGGGAAGGUCUGGGUCUAUGGGGGGGGCGCGGGCCGGGGGAGAGGAGGGGGAGUGGCGCAGCAAGGAGUUCCGCCGCAGGUAGCGGGAGCGCAGAUGCAACAGGCGCAACCGUUGCCGCCGCAGCAACAGCAGCAGCAGCAGUAUGCGCAGCAGAAGCCCCUGCGGCAACCACCGCCCAUGCAGCAGCAGCAGGAGGACGAUUCAGAUCUACCUGUCGUGUUGCACCUACCCCCGUUAGCCCAGCGCCAGUCACAAGCAAUGCAACACCAGCAGCAGCAGCAAUUACAGCAACAGCAGGACGACAGUUCAGAUCUACCUGUCCAGUUGCACCUUCCCCCGUUAGCCCAGCGCCAAGCACACGCGAUGCAGCAACAGCUGCAACAACAGCACCAUCCGCAGUUACAGCAGCAGCAGCAGCAGCAGCAGCAGCAGCAAGACGACAGCUCAGAUCUACCUGUCGUGUUGCACCUUCCCCCGUUAGCCCAGCGCCAAUCACAAGCGAUGCAACACCAGCACCAGCAGCAGCAAUUACAGCAACAGCAGCAGUUACAGCAGCAGCAGCAACAGCAGCAGCGGCAGGACGACGACAGUUCAGAUCACGGCGUGCAGUUGCACCUCCCCCCCUUAGCUCAGCGCCGGGCCUUCAUAGCCGGAAAGCGCGCCUCCAGCCUUAAUUCCGCUUCUCUAGACCGCGCUGCGGCUUCCCUCUCCCUUAACCCACCCGCAACUGGUGGCCCGGGGUAUGCGGGGGGAAGCGGGAACUACGCUGGCGGAAACUUAGGGGAAAGCGGGGGGAGUGGGAACUACGGAGGCGGGAAUUCAGGGGGAAGCGGGGGAAGCGGGAACUAUGGAGGCGGAAAAUUGGUGGCAGGCAUGGGAGGGGGAAUGGGGGGAAGCAUGGGCGGAGCUGGAGGCAUGGGGAUGGGGGGAAUGGUGCCGUGUAAUGCCCCCCGACCGAACGCGCCCCAUCCUUAUCAGCACCACCUUCAGCAGCAGCAGCAGCAGCAGAUGCAGCAGCACCAGCAAUUUCACCAGCAGCAGCAGCUACCCAUGAAAGCGCCUCAGCAGGAGCAGAAUCCGGAGGGCCCACCAAUCCUCGUCCUCCCGCCGUUCUUCCGCACUCGCAGCGUCCCCGAACGAGAGCUCUACGGCAAUUACCCUCCAAACCACAUGCCGAACCACAUGCCGAACCAGAUGCCAAACCAGAUGCUACAACUGCCUACUCAGGGGGCUUAUGGUAGCGCUGGUGGCAUGGGUGCUGGGAUAGGCGUGGGUGGAGGUCCCAACUACCCCCAGUCCCCUACGCCUGAUUUCUGCAGCCCCACGGUUCCACCGGAGUUGCAGUGGGACGGGGUUAGCGCAAAGAUGGCCCCUCCACAGCAGUUACAGCAGCAGCAGGUGCAGCAGGUGCAGGGGCAGAAGCCGCAGCGGCAGCACCGGCUUUCUCUCUCCCAGCAGCAGCAGCAGCAGCAGGGGGGGGCGGGGCUGGCUCCGUUGCGCCGUGUGCACACCGGUACGCCCUGCCAGCCUGCCUCCCUCCCUCCCACCGCUGCCCUGCCUCUCCGCCGCUCUGUCUCCGGCUCAACCGCUCGCACUCACACCAACGCUGCCAACCCCGCUGCCACAGCAGCAGCAGCAGCUGGGUCCAGCCCUGUGCCCUCAUCUCUCGGCGGCGAUUCUGAGGUGUCUGAGGCGUAUGGGGACCUGUACCCAUCUGGAGCUGGCGCUGGCGGCUCUUCUUCUAGGCCCAACUCCGCUGCCUCAUCUGCUGCUGCUUCCGCCCCUGCGUCUGCUUCUGCUUCUCCUGUUCCUGCUUCCCUGAGCAGCAGCGGCAGUGGGGUUUCUCCUGGCAUUCCAAGCGGCUCCACAGCAGCAGCAGGAGGGGGAGGGGGGGGAAGUCCGUUUCGCAAACCGUUCCCGCCCCUCCCUGCUCUGCAGAUCCCGUUCAAUUCCGCUGACAGUCCCCGCGCCCCGCCCCCUGCUGUGCACCCCUCCAUGCUCUCUCCUGCCAGCCUGGAAGCUGCUAUCAAGGGCAAGGGUUCAUCUGGAGGUGCAGGGGCAGGCGAGAAGGGUGGGAAGGUGCGGGAUGCAACCAAGAAGGUGAAGAAGGCGCAGCAAGGGGAGGAGAAAGGCCGGUCUGUGCUGCCAUUGUCAUCAUCGCUGGGGCCGGCAGCUGCAGCAGGGGGGGGAGGAGGGGCAGGAAGAGGAGGGGGAGGAGGUGCAACAAAGGUUGCUACUUCCAGGUCUUUGGAAAGUGACGUUGGUGGUGGUGGUGGUGGUGGUGGGGCAAGUGGGGGGAAGGUGCGGGGGAUUAGAAAGAGCCAAACCACCAAGCAGUGAUACUUCCCUGCCCGAGCUCUCGCUCCCACCAGCCAAGCACGGCUGCUUCUCCACCUGGGGAAUUCACGAAGCACUGAUGCCUCUCUCUCUCUCUCUCUCUCUCUCUCUCUCUCUCUCUCCCACACACACUCACUGAGGCAGCGCUGCACGCACUUACGCUUAUAUUCUCUCUUCUCCUCCACUACAAGACUGCACCGCUCUGCCGCCAACACACUUUCUCCCUGACUGGAACUUUUUUUUCCUGACUGGACUACGACAGUACACUGAACCACUCUGCACCGCACUGUGCUGAAAAGCCACUCCACCUCAUUACGCAACCCACGUUUCACUUCGAUCACUCCCACUGACUGCCCACCAUAACCCUGUGACCACCAUCACUUCAUGGACCACUAAUUCUUACCCACUACGCAUCAUUUUUUAUUCUGCUCAUUUGCCUGUUUCUACCCUCGUCCUUCUGGUAUUAUGACUGUGUCACCCUUUGUUCUCACCCCACAACCCCUCUACUGAAUCCUGGCUAACCCACUCUUUCUGCUUACUUUCUGCUAAAGCUCCGUAUGCCCUAACCCGCUCUUUCCCGCUUCCCUCCCUGAUUAUGCAACUAGUGGCCGGUUGCCUUUUGUCCCUCCUGAACUGGACUGGACUCUGGAGUCCUCCUGCCCCUCCCGUGGCAGCCUUGUUGUGGGUGAUGUGAUGUCCCAUCUCAGCCUUGUACCGGUGCUUUGCACACAGGCAUUCCUUGACUGGUUCCUGCAGUUUGCUAGUGGAUGUAUUUAUGGUACAGUACCACCUGUUGCAUGUAAGUAAUGCACUGUGAUAAGGUUGCUUGAAGGGUGCCCACUUCAGUAGCUCUAGUGGUUGCCGGUAAAGGAAGAGGUUCUAG